UACCCUGAGCCCCUCCCACCCUGCCCCGCAUCCUGCCCCCGCGGCCCACUCCACUGCGAGUCCCGGGGCACCGCGCGCGGCGCCCCACUGACCCCUGCGUGGUGCCGGUCCCGGGGGAUCCCGGGCGCUACCUUUCACGGCGCCCCCGGGAUGGAGCGGGUCGGCGCCGUCCGCCUGGCCGUCCAGGAGGCCCUGCGUGCCCUCUCCUCUUCUGAGGACGGCGACCACAUCGCUAGCACUCUGGGGGCCCUGAAGCGGUACCUGGGCGGGACGGAGUGCCCGGCGCCCCCUGAGGAGCAGCAGGAGUUUGCCCGUGCCCAUUUUGCAGCCGUUCUCCGAGGCCUGCUGGGCGCGAUGAGGCCGGACUGGCCGCAGCUGAAGCCUGGAGACCAGCUGGAGGGACUGUGUACCAGCUUCUUUUUGGAGGGCCCGGCUAGCCAAGCCUUCCUGGUGCUGAUGGAGGGCAUUGAGAGCGCCGAGGGCCCCAGCGCUCGUCUGAUGAAAACAGCACACCUGCUGGCUGGGUUUCUGGGCGCCGGCCGGCUGGCAGCAGUACUGAAAGAGCAGUGUGGGCAGCAGCUGGAGCCAGCCUUCCCCGUGCUGCAGGAGACACUCCUGGGCCUAGUGGUCAGCUUGCCUGACCGCCUAGCCAACCGGCUGCAGCGUGAGAACUUGCCGGAGUUCUUGCCCCAGAACUACUUCCCGCUGCUGGGAGAGGCGGCUGUGCGGGCCCUGCAGGCUGUCGUGGGCUCCCUGCGAGGUGGCACCCACUGCUCCGUGUCCUUCGUGUCCCAGGCUGUCGGGAAGGCCUGUGUCCUGGGGCGGCACCGGGAGGUCCUUGGAGUGCUGGUGCCCCAGCUGACGGCGCUCACGGACGGCAGCUGCCUGUGGCAGCGGGUGUGCUGGCGGCUGGCAGAGCAAGUGCCUGACCGUGCUGUGGAGGCCGUGCUGACGGGGCUGGUGGACGCUGCCGCGGGCCCCGACGUCCUGUCUCGACUCUUGGGGAACCUGGUGGUGAAAAGCCCAAAGGCCCGCUUUGUGGUUACUCAGAAACUGCUCCUCCUUCAGUACAGACUCACGACAGCUGCACUGCAGAACCUGCUGGGGUACCUUGCCAUGGACAGCCAGCGACGGCUGCUCCUGGUCCAGGCCCUCAAGGACCUCCUGGAGACUUGGGGCAGCAGCAGUGCCAUCCGCCACACGCCCCUGGCCCAGCAGCGCUACGUCAGCAAGGCCUUGCUCCUGUGCCUGCUGCAGCUGCAGGAGGGGGAGCUCAGCCUUGACCGCGAAGAGCUGAUGGCCAGCCUGAUGGCAGGUGUGAAGUGCCGCCUGGACAGCAGCCUCCCUGCCGUGCGCCGCCUGGGCAUGGUUGUGGCUGAGGUAGCCAGUGCCCGGAUCCACCCCGAGGGCCCACCCCUGAAGUUCCAGUACGAGGAGGACGAGCUCAGCCGGGAGCUACUGGCCUUGGUAGUGCCCGGGCCAGCCAGUGACGGCCCCACAGAGACUGGAAGUCCUGCUGCCGAGACUGCCACGGAUGUGGGCGAGGAUCGGGUGCCCCCAGCCUCUGCCCGGGGCUCUGACUCAGAGCUGGACAGUGAUGACGAGUUCGCUCCCUACGACAUGUCGGGGGAUGGAGACCUGAGGAGCGGCAAGGCACCCCUGUACGUGCGCGACUGCAUAGAAGCCUUGACCACAUCUGAGGACUGUGAGCGCUGGGAGGCAGCCCUGCGGGCGCUGCAUGGACUCCUUACCCGGAACCCGGCUGCAGCCCGAGAGGUGAGCGUGGAGCUGGCCACGGUGCUCCUGCACCUGGAGGAGAAGACGAGUGUGGCGGGCUUCGAGGGUCUGCGCCAGCGGGCCUUGGUGGCCGUGACGGUGGCGGACCCGGCGCGGGUGGCUGAGUAUCUGACCACGCAGUUCUACGCACUCAACUAUAGCCUUCGGCAGCGCAUGGAUAUCCUGGAUGUACUGACACUGGCGGCCCAGGAGCUGUCUCGGCCCGGGCGCCCCAGGGAGGCCCCACUGAGCUGCCCCCAGACCCCUGUGGCCCUGGCCCCAGCCUGGCGAGCAGUGGUGGAUGAGCGUGUCCGAAGGAAGACCCGGCGGCUGUCCCAGGGCCCCACCCGGCACAUCCCGGCCGUCGCCACCCCCAAUCACUUCGGCCCGGUGGCCGGCUGCUUCUUCUUCCCCCUCAUCCAGCGUUUUGACAGGCCCCUGGUGACCUUCGACCUCCUGGGGGAUGACAGCUUGGUUCUCGGGCGGCUGGUUCACACCCUGGGGACCCUCAUGUACCUGUCGGUGAACACAGCGGCUGCCGCGGCCAUGGGUAAGGUGCUGCUGGAGCUCGUGUGGGCACUGCGCUUCCACAGUGACACCUACGUGCGCCGGGGGCUGCUGUCCUCCGUCUCCUCGGUGCUUCUGAGCGUGCCUGCCGAGCGCCUUCUGGGGGACCUUCCUGAGGAGCUGCUGGAGGCUGGGGCCUGGUUGGCAGAUGUGGCCAAGCAGGACCCGGAUGAGGACUGCAGGCUGCUGGCCACAAAGGCACUGCUGCUUCUGCAGAAACUACAGGACAAGCUGCCCGAACUGUGGGCGUGAGGCUGCUCUGCCUUGCCCCCGCCCG